AUGACAGCGCUCAUGUGUCGUGUUGGCGAGUCUGCUGGUUGGCAGCCCGCGGCAAAAGCAACAGCUUCACAAGUCACGAUGCCGCAUGGGUGCUGUCGCUGUGACGCAGCUGGGCCGCCCUUUACGUUGGGAAGCCUUGUUUCUCGUAAUUGUGUUGCUUUUCUCCAGUUGAAGCUUCAAGCUUCAAACUUCAAAACCCUGGAGGAGGAGUACGCGUCCUUUGCAUCGGUCAUGGAGGACAUGACGGCAUCCUGGGUCUUUUCAGCUUUUAUUGUACUGCAGCCGUCGGUCAACGCCUCGCAGGCGACUGCAGUCUCCUUCGAGCAGGUGGUAACUCAGCUGUCCCUGAAGGGCCAGCAGAAGCGCUUGUCAAGCCGGCAUCAGAAGCUGCAUCACACCCUCCGGGAACUGCACAGCAUGCGCUACAAGCUGAAUGACGAGGCAAAGCCUUGGAUGUCCGAUGGAGAAGUUCUUUGGUCGAAGAUUCUUGUCAACUUUGGCUUCAUCAUCUUCGAGUCCGAUCGAGAUUCCAAGUGCUACCCGCACUACGCGGGCAGCUGGGAUACUUGCCCGCACCGGAGCGAACUGCUUCAGUGGCUGCGGGUGACGAACAUCUCGUUUCUGGCCAUCUACACGGUGGAGGCGCUAUGUCGCGCCUUCGUGGAGCGUGCCUGGUCCGAGGGCUAUGGCACCCGGUACUUCUGCAACCGAUGGAACAUUCUGGAUCUUCUGACCGUGCUUUUGGGCUGGCCCAUGGUGCUAUCCCUUGGCCUCUUGCUUGCUUAUGCCGAUGGACUCUUUCGGCCGUAG